UUCAGAGCUGGGGUGCAACUCCCUCCGAGGAUGCCAUUCCACGAGACCAGAAAAGUGUCUUGGAAACUCUUUAACACUUUUCCCCAGACAGUGACCCUCAGGGCUCUUGUGGUACAGAUGGAACAGUAGCUGACAUUCCAUUUUAUAUAUUGGAAAAUUGAUGCCCAGAAAAGGGGUUUGGUGGCAUGAGAGUGCCAUGUUGGACCGAGUACCUUGACUCGUUUCUUCAUUGUUAAUUUAUUCAUUCAUUUAUUUGGCCAGAAUAUAGGUAGAUGCCUACUAUGUGCCAGAUUCUUGAAUCUUAUUGGGCUCGAUAAGCAGGCACUCAAUAAAUACUUGUUGAUGAAGCACAUGGGUUAUUGAAUGAAUUACAGCUAAAUUGCAGCAUUAGGAUGGGCUGAAUUGGGGGACUUUCUAGUUUUUAUUUGACUAUUAAAAAAAGUGGAUUUGGCAUUUAGGUAAGUGGUUGAGACUGAUAGGAUAAGCCAGUCUGUCCUCAAGACUGUUUUAAAGCUAGCUCAAGGUGGCUGAGUAUUUACAGAGCAGAUGUGAUGUGGUCCCCUCUCGUUACUCUUUAGUUCACAUGAAACCUACAAUUGUCCCCUGAGUACUAGCUCCUUGAUCCUGGCCCUGUGGGGAUUACAGAAGACAUGUUAGUUGUUGCACCUACCUUGGUGUCUUUUGUGAUCUAUUGAGGGGAUCAAAUCAGCCCACACGGGAAGUUAAAGAAUUGUGUCUUGUCAUUUUUGAUGGCGUGUUCAACAGUGUGGUCUGGUCUGCAUGCUCUGAGGGGUUUAGAGAAGGUAGCCUCGGGUCUAGAGAAAACAGGGCACUAAGAGAGGAGGUAAUUGGAUUGAUGAAAAAAGAAAAUAGGAGAACUCAUGGGCCAAAGAAGAAAUCGUAAUGGAAAUCAGAAAAUAUUCGGAACCAAACAAUAAUGAGAACCUGGUUUAUAAAAAAUUUAUGGGGGACAGUGAAAGCAGAACAUAGAAGGAAAUUUGUAACCUUAAAUACUGAUAUUAGGAAAGAAGAAAGGCUGCAUUUUAACAAGCUAAGAAUCCAUCUGAAGAAAGGGCUCUGUGGGCAGCAGAAGCAGGGAGGGCUGGGACUGAGCUGAGUAGCUGACAAGAGAUCUGCAGGUGGUAGGAGUUUACAAAGGGACUGGGCUGCCUGAGGUUGAAGUUUUUAGAAUCCAGUUCUCUCUGAGCCUGUUUUGAGCUCUGGAAUGCUAUUGUUCUCGAACUUGGUGGCUUUCCUUCAGUGGCUGCAUUUCUGACAAGUGUGGGUGGCUCUUGUGGUGUGUCCCACUAACCUUAUCUCCCCAAUCCAGGACUGCCUUGUAUACUCUCAUAUACUGACCUUAUAAUUUCCUGUAAAGACGUGGUUGUCAUAGAUUGCAGGUUGGGGGCUGAAAAAUGCUAUGGAACGAAUCCAAAUGUAAGGUAAAGAACCAUAUCCUUAAAUACCCAAUGCUACUAUUCACUGAGUGCCUACCAUGUGCCGGGCACUGUCCUUCGCCUCUAUAUUUAUUGUCUCUAAGCCACACUGCUACCUUCCAAGGGUGUAGUGUUGGCUAUACUCUUUCUUAACAGUGAACACUACUACCCAAACUACCCAUUUGAGAAGUGGCCCAGCUAGAGUUCAAAUCCAGGCCUGACUGUCUCCAGAGCUUAUGGUCUUUACUCUCUGACAUGAAAUAUGGGGCUUCGUGGGGUGAACUCGCACAGGCAAGAAGGCUGCUGGAUCUUGCGACCGUGAAGGCGAAUGGGUUGGCCGCCUUCCUUCUACGACAUGUUCAGGAAUUGCCAGUCCCGGUGGCCCUGCCUUUCGGUGAUGCCGCGUGUGAGAAGUACAUGUCCAAGCUGAGGACCACGCUAUCUGCUCAGUCUCAUUUCCUGAGCACCUAUGAUGGGGCAGACAAUCUUUGCCUGGAGGAAGUAUACACAGAGAAUGUUCUGGAAAUCCGGACAGAGCUGGGCGUGGCCGGCCCCCCGCCGAAAAGCCCCGCCACCCUGGGCCUGGAGGAACUCUUCAGCACCUGUGGCCACCUGAACGAGGACGCUGACACCGUGCUGGUGGUGGGCGAGGCGGGCAGUGGCAAGAGCACUUUGCUGCAGCGGGUGCACUUGCUGUGGGCCACGGGGCGCCACUUCCGGGAAUUCCUCUUUGUCUUCCCAUUCAGCUGCCGGCAGCUGCAGCGUGUGGCAAAGCCGCUGUCCGUGCAGACGCUGCUCUUUGAACACUGCUGUUGGCCCGACGUCGGCCGCCAGGACGUCUUCCAGUUCCUCCUUGACCACCCCAACCGCGUCCUCUUAACCUUCGACGGCUUCGACGAGUUCAGGUUCAGGUUCACGGAUCGCGGCGAGCGCCACUGCUCUCCGACUGACCCCACGUCGGUCCAGAAUCUGCUGUUCAACCUACUGCAGGGCAACCUGCUGAAGAACGCCCGCAAGGUGUUGACCAGCCGUCCGGACGCGGUGUCGGCUCUCCUCAGGAAGUACCUGCGCGUGGAACUCAACCUGAAGGGCUUCUCGGAAGAGGGCAUCGAACUGUACCUGAGGAAGCGCCACCGCGAGCCGGGGGUGGCCGACCGCCUCAUCCGCAUGCUCAGAGCGACCUCAGCCCUGCACGGCUUGUGCCACCUUCCCGUCAUCACGUGGAUGGUGUCCAAAUGCCACCAGGAACUGUUGCUGCCGGGCGGGGGGUCCCCAAGGACCACCACGGGUAUGUACCUGCUGAUCGUGCAGCAUUUUCUGCUGCGCGCCUCCCCGCCCGACGCGGCCCCCCGCAGCCCGGGGCCCGGGCUGCUUCGAGGCAGGCUCCCCGCCCUUCUGCACCUCGGCUGGCUGGCUCUCUGGGGCCUGGGCACGUGCUGCUACGUGUUCUCCUCCAGGCAGCUCCAGGCGGCACACGUCGACGGCGACGAUGUCUCUCUCGGCUUCCUGGUGCGUGCCAAGAGCGUCGCGCCCGGGAGCGUCGCCCCCCUGGAAUUCCUGCACAUCACCUUCCAGUGCUUCUUCGCCGCCAUCUACCUCGUGCUCAGCGCCGACGUGCCACCGUCCUCGCUCAGACGCCUCUUCCGCUGUCACACGCCGGGCGGCUCGCUCCUGGCCAGGCUGCUGCCCGCGGCGUGCGUGCGGCGCCCGGGGCGCGAGGAGGGCGGCGUGGCGGCGUUGCUCCAGGAGGCCGAGCCGCACAACCUCCAGAUCACGGCGGCCUUCCUGGCGGGGCUGCUGUCCCGGGAGCACAGGGGCCUGCUGGCCGAGGGCCAGGCGUCUGAGAAGGCCCUGCUCCGGCGCCAGGUCUGCGCCCGGUGGUGUCUGUCGCGCAGCCUCCACAAACACUUUCACGCCAUCCCCCCGGCCGUGCCCGGGGAGGCCAAGAGCAUGCACGCCAUGCCCGGGUUCGUCUGGCUCAGCCGCAGCCUGUACGAGAUGCAGGAGGAGCGACUGGCGCGGGAGGCUGUGCGAGGCCUGAAGGUCGGGCACCUCAAGCUGACCUUUUGCGGCGUGGGCCCCGCGGAAUGUGCCGCCCUGGCGUUCGUGCUGCGGCACCUGCGGCGGCCCGUGGCCCUGCAGCUGGACCACAACUCUGUAGGUGAUGUUGGUGUGGAGCAGCUGCUGCCUUGUCUCGAUGUGUGCAAGGCUCUUUACUUGCGAGAUAACAAUAUCUCAGACCGAGGCAUCUGCAAGCUCGUCGAACAUGCUCUUCACUGUGAGCAGCUGCAGAAGUUAGCUCUCUUCAACAACAAACUGACCGAUGGCUGUGCACACUCCGUGGCGAGGCUUCUUGCGUGCAGGCAGAACUUCUUGGCUUUGAGGCUGGGCAAUAACCACAUCACUGCCUCGGGAGCCCAGGUGCUGGCUGAGGGGCUCAGAGCCAACGCCUCCUUGCAGUUCUUGGGGUUCUGGGGCAACAAGGUGGGUGACGAAGGGGCCCAGGCCUUGGCUGAAGCCUUGGGUGAUCACCAGAGCUUGAAGUGGCUCAGCCUGGUGGGAAACAACAUCGGCAGUGUGGGGGCUCAGGCCUUAGCCUUAAUGUUGGAAAAGAACGUGACACUGGAAGAACUCUGCCUGGAGGAGAACCAUCUCCAGGAUGAAGGUGUGUGUUCUCUUGCCAAAGGACUUCAGAGGAAUUCAAGUUUGAAAGUCCUAAAGCUGUCCAACAACCACAUCACCUACCUUGGAGCUGAAGUCCUUCUGCAGGCCCUGGAAAGGAAUGAUACCAUCCUGGAAGUCUGGCUCCGAGGCAACACUUUCUCUCCGGAGGAGACUGAGAGGCUCAGCCAGAGGGACACCAGACUCUUGCUCUGAAGCCCGGAGGCCAACGUUCAUCUCAGUUUGUUUGUGAACAGACGGUGGGUUUGGAUCCCAGAAGCUGGAUUCCGUCUGGCAGCAGUCCAUUCACCCAGAGCCGAGUCCUGCCCGGGACAAGCACAAUAGGUCACCUUUGUUCUGGCAGAAGAAGGAGCAACCGUGCCCUUUAGAGUAACUCUUCUGCGGCCUGUUUUGCGUCCCGUUCUUCCCAAGAGUCGAUCUGUGGAACGUAGAAGAGGAGCAGCUCCCCGCCGCCUCUGGCUGAUCCAACGUGGGUCAGUGGGGUGCAUAGAGGUUACUGCGUGCCUGGUGCUGUAGAGACCUGGACCCACAGGAGCGGCCCCCCUUCCCACCUGCCUCACAGUGAGGAGGGGGAUUCAGGGAGCAGCUUUCUGCCAUGUUUUAACUCAUGGGUUGUCGCCCAUCCAGAAGUUCCCCACAUCUGGUCCCUUCCCCCAUCCUGGAUCCCUGCACGUGGCACUUCCUCUGAGGGUAAAGUUUCAGAAUAUAGGUGUUCUCAGCUUUGGUAUUUCUAGCCUCCCCCCCCCCCCCAAGCCCAGGGUGGGAAGGGCUGCAAUUCACCUGCUCUCCUUCCUGAUACUUAACACAUGAUCGAAAGGGGACACAUGACAGCCGUUCGUUCCCUAAGAUGGGCUAGAUUUUCCAAAAAAUAAGACGACACUACGGCAAAUAUCACACGCACAAUUUUUUUUUUUUUUUUUUUCAGCGAAGUCAAUUACUCUUCAGUUAAGCCUUUGGAAACAACGCCCCACCCAAAUGCAGCUUUUUAGAAUCAGAAUUUUGAAUAGGCCCACCAGGUCUCUGGUUGAUGCCUGUGAGUUGUGACAGCAGACCCCUGAGAUGGUUCAGUGUUAUGUGAUACAGAGUUAUGGAUCAAAAGUUUACAGGGGUGAAAUCAAAGACUUUUCCUUAUAAGGCAGAUGUUUUUCUGGAUUUUUCAAAAUGAUGCAUUGUUGAAGCCUCCGUAAACCGUCAGGUGUGGUCAGAGUGUUAUUACUUAAACGUUACUUUUUGUGCAAACUUGUUACUAUUUAUAAACCACUUGGUUUGAUUCUCUCAAGUUUGUUUUUGUAAAAAACACGACCAUGAAUUUUAUGCUGUAAAUAGUCACAGGGGAGGAGAACUGUUGAGUCCUCAAAGCUGGGGGGGUCUCAACAGAUGGUGACCAAAAUGUUUAAAAGAUAUUCGUGAAUGUUGUCAAAUAUUAAAGCACAAUUUUCUACUUGGA